CGGCGGCGGCGACGCUUCCCAGCCGGAGUCUCCCCACCGUCCUGAUCAGGCCUGGAAUGGGUAAUGGUGUGAAGGAAGGUGUGGUGCGUUUGCGUGAGGAUGCUGAGUCUGUCCUGCACUCGCCUGUCUCUUCAAAGAGUGAUCACAGGCAAGUUCUCAGCUCCCUCCUUUCGGGGGCCCUGGCUGGUGCUCUUGCCAAAACAGCAGUAGCUCCCCUGGACCGAACCAAAAUCAUCUUCCAAGUGUCCUCGAAAAGAUUUUCCGCCAAGGAGGCCUUCCGGCUCCUCUACUUCACCUACCUCAACGAAGGCUUCUUCAGCCUGUGGCGUGGAAAUUCGGCCACCAUGGUGCGCGUGGUGCCCUACGCCGCCAUCCAGUUCAGCGCGCACGAGGAGUACAAGCGCAUCCUGGGCAGAUACUACGGCUUCCGCGGAGAAGCUCUGCCCCCUUGGCCCCGCCUCCUCGCGGGCGCACUGGCUGGAACUACGGCUGCCUCGCUGACAUACCCGCUGGACCUGGUCAGAGCAAGGAUGGCCGUGACCCCGAAGGAAAUGUACAGCAACAUCUUUCACGUCUUCAUCCGCAUCUCGCGAGAAGAGGGGCUGAAGACCCUUUAUCAUGGAUUCAUUCCCACUGUGCUGGGGGUCAUCCCUUACGCUGGCCUGAGCUUCUUCACCUACGAGACACUUAAGAGCCUGCACAGAGAGUACAGCGGCCGCCUGCAGCCCUACCCCUUCGAGCGCAUGAUCUUCGGGGCCUGCGCGGGCCUCAUCGGGCAGUCGGCCUCUUACCCGCUGGACGUGGUGCGGCGGCGCAUGCAGACGGCCGGCGUCACAGGCCACCAGCGCACCUCCAUCGUGCGCACCAUGCGUGCCAUCGUGCGGGAGGAGGGCGUGGUGCGCGGCCUCUACAAAGGCCUGAGCAUGAACUGGCUCAAGGGCCCCAUCGCCGUGGGCAUCAGCUUCACCACCUUCGACCUCAUGCAGAUCCUGCUGCGGCACCUGCAGAGCUAGGGGCUGGUGGGGUCGGCUGCUCUCGAGCUUCAGUUCGCGGUGGACCGCUGACCCCUUCUGUUUCGGAGCCUAGGGAAUGAGAGUGCGCCGGGUUCCACCUGGGAGCCGUGCAGAUGCGCCUUGUGGAACAAGCAGGGGGACCUGAAGGGCCUGGGCUCGGUGCGCGCCCGUCGGAGGAGAAAGCCAGUGGCCCUUGAAGUUCAUUGUUGGGACUGGGGGGCCGAGGCUCAUGCGCUUUUCUCUAGUAGCCUCAGCAGGGCUGGGGCUGCCCACGGAGGGAAUUAUCUUGAAUGCCCUGAGUCAGGGUGGUCAGAACUGCCUCCUGGGUCCCUCCUGGUGUACUCUGUGACCUUGGACAGACUCUUGGUUCUAGUGACUAGCCCUACUGGGCUCAGAGGCAGACCCCGCUGGCCCCUUCUUGUUCUGAGUCUGUGCUUGUGGGCAGGGGGAGGGGGAGCCCCAGGGAGUGUGAGGGAGAGACCAGCCUUCUGCUCAGCUGUGGCUACAAAAUGCAGCCUCUUACCCGCCCUGCCCACCUCGCCUUUCCUGCCUUCUCCACUGCUUCCCAGGUGACACGACUCCUCCGUCCCCAGAGCCUACCGCUCGGGAGCAGCCUUCCCCCAUGAGUGUUCUUCAGAUCCAAGACUCGAUCGGGGGACACCCCCUGGGAUUGGGUCCUCCCCUCUGUUGCCCCUCUACCUAGUUUGUGAUGUUCCCAGGAGGGUCAUGGCUCUUAUAGGCAACAGGGUUUGAAGAAUCACGGUGAGUUUGGGUUUGAGCAAAACCCAAAAUGGAGUUGGGUUGCCAGGUUGCCUCCUCUUGGCCAGGCUUCUCCCGUUCUCACUCUGCUGGCUGUACUAACGGAGGCUGGGCCCCUGGCCCUGACCCUCUGCCUGUAGGUAUGGGGACUCCUAGGGGGGACCCAUGGCAUCUGGCACAUCCCUGACUCCUCACCUGGGUGGUUACUUAGCUAGAACACGGGACAGUCCUAGGCCCAUGGGGUGGUCUGGGUUCCAGUGACUGGAGAAUAUGGAGGCAGCUGGCAGCCUUGAUUCUCCCACCAAAGUGAGAGCCCCCCAGACAGCGUCUAGCCUGGAGGCGGGAAGCUCAGAAGUGUCAGGGUACCCCAGGGAGCUGGUCUCACAGAGGAGUCUCCCUGGGUCCCGUUGGGUAUCACAGGGACUCGGAAAUACCUGUUUCCUAAUGACAGUGAUGUUUGGAUUUUGAUUGUUUUAUUUUGUUUUUCAAUUUGGCUGGCCCUGGGUCUAGAUACAAUAAACCCUCACCAGCCCAAUCUGAUGCCAAGACCACAGGGCCCAGGGAGUCGGUUUUCACAGUGGCCUCAGUAGCCACGAGGUGUGAAAGGGCUGGGGGGGGGGAUUUACUGCUACAUGCAUUUCCAGUUGUGACUUUCCUUUCCUGCCUUCAUUCUGUUUCUUUUCUGUUUUUUCUUGCCUUAGUUUUGUGGGUGUGAGGCCCCCUCUUUCUGUUCUUCCUGCAUGUUUCCACCAGCCAGCCCCCAUCUUGUCCCCAGACUCCUGUUCCUGGGGACCCAAGCAGCCUGUGAUGGCUGUCCUGUUGGGUAGCAUCCAGCCCACCUCCUCUCCCAGCCUUGCCCAUUGCUCAGGGUCCCCAGGUCUCCCCUGAGACCCCUCCCAGGGAGAUGGAACAGGGGCCCUGGGCUCUCUGGGCCAAGCAGCAGGGACUGAGGGUCCACCCCAGGUGGGUGAGACCAUAUGGACAGUUGGGCAGCGCCCUCCUUUGAGCUGCAGGCUGGGCAGGAGCGGGGAGGGGUUGCCAGCCCCAGCGUGCCUCCCCAAGGAGGCUCCCAGCCAAGUGGGCCUCAGCAGCACAGCUGCCCCCCCACCCCCAGCCCUGCACACAACUGGCCCAAGCCCCCGGCAGUCACUCCUCUCACUGAUGGCCUGGCCUGGUUUGGAGUUACAUUUUGAUGCCAUGAAGAUACUUUGUUUAUAUAUAAUGUUUAUAUAUUUUAAAGAUUUGUGCCA